AUGCUCGGCCUCCUGGAGAGCAAGGCCCCUGUGGGUUGGAUCAUAGGUGCUGCUGUGUCUAUUCUGCUGCUGCUGCUGCUACUGGCCAUCUGCCUUUUCCACGAACCACAGGACCAUGACAUGGAGAGGAACCUUCCAGCUGGAGGAGAACGCAGAGUCAGGAGAGCCCGGCGAGCCCAGCGUUGGCUCUUCCAGGGCUGGGGCCCUCUGGGAAACAUUCAUCAACAUCAUCAUCAUCACCACCACCCCGGCCAUGUGAAUCAGGGGCCCCGUGUGGGCCUCCAUCACCACAACCACCACCAGCUCCACCUCCAGCACCAUCACCUGCACCACUCUCCUCACCACCUCCACCAUGCCCACAGAGGCUGCCGCUGA